AUGGAUAACUUCCGGUGUAAAAUCUUUGAAGCCAAGGCAAUGAAAGCGGAGGCCAUGAUUGGCUUGCUUGAGAAACAGGUUGCCAACCUCCAGGACCCUGAGAAGUUACUGGCUACCAGUGCUAUAACUCCGGAGUUGGAAGCUCUGCAAGCUGAAAAUGCCAAGUUGAAAUACCAGAUGAACCAUCUAAAACGGAGUUUACAAGCUGAAAUGUCCAAGAUGAGUAAACCAUCGUCAAACAAUAUGUUGAGCUUGAUCGAGGCAUUAACCGAACUUUUUGGCAGAUCCAUUCAGACUGCAUACCCAAUGCUCAGUGACCCAGUUUCUGCGAUCACACCCAGCGGCAAACCCACUUUUGGUGAUUACCAGUGUAAUAGCGCCAUGACGCUUAGUCAGCAACUGAAGAGCCAGGGUGUGAAGACAAACCCAAGAGAAAUUGCCCAAAAUGUUGUCAACUCCCUUCCUGAGAAUGACCUAAUUGAAAAGACUGAGAUUGCAGGCCCUGGAUUCAUAAACAUUCAUAUGAAGAAAUCCUUUGUUGCGUCACAAUUGAAUGACAUCUUGAACAAAGGUGUGCGUCCUCCCAGUGUUGGUGCCAAGAAACGUGUCGUUAUCGAUAUGUCUUCGCCCAAUAUUGCAAAGGAAAUGCACGUAGGACAUCUAAGAUCUACCAUUAUUGGGGAAAGCAUAAGUCGACUCGUGGAGUAUGUCGGACAUGAUGUGUUAAAGUUGAACCAUGUAGGAGAUUGGGGUACUCAGUUUGGAAUGCUAGUAGCACACCUGGUAGAGAAAUUCCCAAACUAUAAAACAGUGUCCCCACCUAUUAGCGAUUUACAAGCAUUCUAUAAGGAAUCUAAGGUGCGCUUCGACUCUGAUGAAGAAUUCAAAAAGAGGGCGUAUGCGGCAGUUGUUAGUCUGCAGAGCAAGGAACCCAAUACGACAAAAGCCUGGAACCUCAUUUGUGAUGUUUCAAGAAAAGAAUUUCAGAAGAUCUAUGAACGUCUAAACAUUGAAAACCUUGUCGAGAGGGGAGAGUCUUUCUACCAAGACAGGAUGAAGAGUAUGGUCAAUGACUUCACUGCAAAAGGAUUCCUCGAGGAAGAUGAGGGAAGGAAAAUCAUGUGGGGUCCUGGUUACAAGGUUCCCUUGACGAUUGUGAAAUCUGACGGAGGUUUUACCUAUGACACAUCCGAUAUGGCUGCCAUUCGUCAGCGUCUAAAGGAUGAAAAGGGAGAUUGGUUAAUCUAUGUGGUUGACUCCGGCCAGGGAGGACAUUUUGAUAUCAUUUUCUCCGCAGCUGAAAAAGUUGGAUACCUUGACCGAAAGAGGCAAAGAGUAGACCACGUAGGAUUUGGUGUCGUUCUCGGGGAAGACAAGUAG